AUGUCAACUCCUGCUCGACGACGUCUGAUGAGAGAUUUCAAACGCCUUCAAGAAGACCCACCAACAGGAGUUUCGGGAGCACCUACUGACAAUAAUAUUAUGAUCUGGAAUGCUGUGAUUUUUGGACCUCAUGAUACUCCAUUUGAGGAUGGGACAUUUAAACUUACUAUUGAGUUUACUGAGGAGUACCCAAACAAACCUCCUACAGUCCGUUUUGUAUCUAAAAUGUUUCAUCCAAAUGUUUAUGCAGAUGGCGGAAUAUGUUUAGACAUCUUGCAAAAUAGGUGGAGUCCUACCUAUGAUGUAUCUGCUAUUUUAACAUCUAUACAGUCAUUAUUAAGUGACCCCAAUCCUAAUUCACCAGCAAAUUCAAUGGCAGCUCAACUGUACAAGGAAAACCGACGAGAGUAUGAAAAGCGAGUGAAAGCGUGUGUAGAACAAUCAUUUAUUGAUUAA